AUGUCUGAGCAGCCACAAAUAAACCUUGAUGAGUUCAAUACCAUCACUGAGGGACAAGGCACAAUUUUGUUUCCUAAGAAAGAAAAUGUGUUUUAUAACCCUAUUCAACAGUUCAACCGUGAUCUCAGUGUUCUUGCCAUCAGAUCGUGGAGUGAAAUGUAUUUGAAAGAUGUCAAAGUUAAGAAUAGAAAGAAGCGCAAGAGUAGCGAAAUUGACCAAACAAAUGAAGUCAACAAAACAAACGAUGAUACCAAAAACAAGGAAGAAGUGACUCGUGAAAGCAACAAUGAAAAAUACGAAAUUAGCACAUUCAAGCCAAAAAUUAACAUCAUUGAAGCUCUCUCUGCCACCGGUCUUCGUGCUAUCCGUUAUGCCAAAGAAAUCCCAAACAUUGGAACGGUAUUGGCAAAUGAUUUACUUCCAGCAGCGGUCGAAAAUAUCGAUCGUAACAUCCUUCAUAAUGAGGUUGGUGUCUCAGUGAAGUCAGUAUGUGGUGAUGCCAAUGCCACAAUGCAUGCCCAUGCCAGUCAACAUUUUCAGGUGGUGGACCUUGACCCUUACGGAACUGCUGCCCCAUUCAUUGACGCGGCAGUACAGUCUAUAGAUGAUGGCGGGCUUUUGCUCGUCACUUGUACUGACUUAUCAGUACUUGCGGGCCAAGGGUAUCCAGAGAAGUGUUUUGCUUUAUAUGGGGGAACAAACCUUCGAAGUGAUGCUACACACGAAUCGGCAUUGAGAUUGGUGAUCUCCAUGGUUGCCUCUUCUGCUGCGAAAUAUAGAAAAUCAGUGGAGCCUUUACUUUCCUUGUCUAUUGAUUUUUAUGUUAGAGUAUUCAUCAGAAUCAAGACUUCCCCAAUUGAGGUGAAAAAUUUGGCAAAUAACACAAUGACUUGUUACUUAUGCAGCGGCUGUGGGGCAUAUACCACCCAACGUUUAGGUAGAGCAGUGCCUAAGGAAGAUAAACCCCAAGUGGUGAAAUACUCUUGGUCACAAGGACCUCCAGUGGAUCGUCAUUGUGAAUACUGUUCUCGUAUUCAUCAUGUUUGUGGACCAAUGUGGGCUGGCGACUUACACAAUGCUGAAUUCUGUGAUAAAAUUUUACAAUUGAACGAAGAGGUAAAAGAAUCAGAAGUAUACAAGACCCAUGAACGUAUCAAGGGAAUGGUGACUUUGGCCAAGAAUGAAUUAGAUGGAUCUGCGCCAUUUUAUUUCUCACCAUCAAGAGUAUCUAGUAUUAUCAAGAUCCCUUGUCCUUCAAUUACCAAUAUUGUUGCAGGGAUUGGUAACGCUGGUUAUAAGGCUUCUUUGACACAUGCUGCUCACGGGGCCAUCAAGACAGAUGCUCCUUGGGACGUUAUUUGGAAAAUAUUUAAGGAUCAUGUUAAAGAAAAAGGUUUAGUGACAGAGGAGACAUUAGCGAAAAUGAACCAGAAUACUGUCGGAUACAAGCUUUUGACCAAUGAUAAAAUCAAACCAGACUUGGAAGUGAAGUUUGACAAGAAUUCAGUAGUGGAAGGGAUCGAAAAGUUGAGAAAGGUGAAGAUUGUCAGAUACCAAAUGAACCCAACCAAAAAUUGGGGUCCAAAAGCGAAGCCACAAUGA